CUACCAAACUAGACAACGAAGCCAGUGCUGGCGCAUUUCUCCGACAAGUGUUGACGCGUGCAUUUGGCAACGUGAUCGCGCCGUGUUUUAUUGUGAGUUGCGAAAUUUUUGCAAAUGUUAACCAGCUGUAUUUGGUUCUCGGAGCAUUCGAACUGUCUUUUAGUGUGUGCUACUGGUGCGUCAUGGGUGAAGUAGAAGUUUUGCGUCAUGAAGACCCCAUCGUGGCGACUCCUCCGCAGCAGCAGACGACAAGCGGAAGUGUACCUGGAUGUGGACUCCCGCUCCCUGGCGGUCACGAGGAGCAACAUGAGGAGGAUGACCAGCAGACUCCGUCCGAUCAUGGCCAGGACAACGGGGGGAAGCGCAAGAAAAACCGCCGUGGCAAAAAUAAGAAGCGCAAGUGGAAGCCGUAUUAUAAACUUUCCUGGGAGGAAAGAAGGGAGUUGGAAGAGCGGGAAUCCCGUCGGGCCAACAAAGUGCGAGCCCAGAUGUUUGCACAUGGACUUCCAGUGGCUCCGUACAACACCACCCAAUUUCUCAUGGAAGAUCACUGCGUACAAGAACCUGACUACGAGCACAUUGUCAACGGAGGCCAUCGGCAUCGUGACAAUAGCAUCAACAGUGUUAACAGCAUCGAUUCGUCGGAUGAGUUCUACAGCUCGCCAGAGGAUGAGGAUGAUUUCUUGCAGAAACAAUUCUCGGAGGCCUACGAUGACAUUCACGCGGAAAGGCUCAACUCGAUGAGCAAGACUGAACUCGUACAAGAAUACCUCCUGUUGGAGGAUCGUGUUCAGGACUUGGAACACAAGUUGCGCGAAUCUCGGACUGCGCGAUUAGAUGUGGAAACGCAGACGACGGCUGAAGAGACGGAAGAACAGUUGCAGAAGAUUAGUAUCUUCAAAGAGGAGAUUCGCAAGUUAGCAGACGAGAACGUCAGAAUCCGCGCCGAAAAUAAGGCCUUGAGGGAAUUGGUCACUGCCAGUCCUUCAUCUUCCUCGUGAUCUUUUCUCUCUUUUUUUUUUCUUCUUCUUUUUUCUUCUUGUAAAUAGAUGGUUAUCUUUUAUAUUAUUUCACAUUCAUCGACGUCUUGAGCUGCACAAUGACUUUGGCACUUUGAGGUUUUUCUCCAUAUUCAGCUCGUCCUGUACGUUACAAGCGACUCGCCAGAGUCAAAAUUCUGUAUUGGUUAAAAAGAAAACGAGACGAGUGACAUUUUGUCCCGGUGCAGUGCACGUGAGGUACAUUAUAAAAUAACGUGCUUUGCUCGUUGAGGACAAUCUUAAUUAGACUCGAAUGAGGGAAGGAGAGAAAAUGACGAGUGCUUUUCCACCGGGAGGGAAGAAAAUAAGCAUAUUAAAGUACUCAAUUUUA